AAUAUGAAAAUAGUAGCCGCAAAAUACAGACAACUGGUUUUUUCAAAAAAUUACUUGACAAACAUUGAGCCAAUGUUUCAUUGUUUUUUGCUUUUGGUUGUAUUGUGUUUCGUUUCAUCUGUUUCUCAACGCGUUUGGUACUUUAACCCAAAUUAAAAUCAAAUAAGAAACACUUGCGCACGACAGGCAACACAGUACGCAUCUAACAUGAGCCGGCAACUGAGGUUCAGCCUCCCACACCCAGCAUCCAUAGAGGCAUGCCCAUCCCAUCUGGUGGAGAUCAAUUUAAAUGCCGAUCGAAAGUAUACUAAGCAACAGUCGGCGCAGGCGCUGGACGAGUUGCUGCAGCCGAGAACAACAAAAACACUCCCCACGCAUCGCGGCUAUCCUUAUGGCUAUGGCGACACAGAUGAUGAGGCGGACUUUUACUUCUGCAAGAAAUCCAAUUCAACUGGCCAGCUGGCAGAGAAGGUAUCGCCGCCGCCGCCAUCUGCAACCAACAUCAGCUGCUUGAGGCAAAUGUACUGUCCGGAGUGCAACGAGCGACUGCAUGAGCAGGGCGUGCGAUUGGAACGUUUACUCACCAUGUGUUGUUUCGCUUUGCUGCCCAUUUAUCCGUGCUGCAUGCGUCGCUCCAAGGACGAGUGCAAGGUGAUUUGCGGCAAGUGUGGAUAUCUGCUGGGCGCCUGGAAGCGUCAGUGAUACACGUAUUUAGCACAUAAGUUUACUUUUAUUUGAUUAAAUUUUUUCUUGUAUGAAGUUUGUUACUCUUUAAGCACCAAUUGACCCUGCAUGCCAAA